UUGCAACCGCGUCAGCGAUAUAUUCGUGAAGCGAUAUUGGCGAUAAUUUUUUAGCGUAGUUAGUAGGCAUGAUGGCUUUGUUUAAUUUUGUAUAUUUGAAGAUGCAUCUACCAAACUGUAUUUUGAUAUCAAUACUUCUGAUGAUCGCAUAUGUGUCUGGAUCAGAUGAGUCCAUAUAUGCGUCUGUGGGUGAGGACGUCACUCUGAACUGCUCUGUAGACUCUCAUUUCACACGUGAACACAUUGAAGAGGUUUCAUGGAAGAAAACAGAUAAAGACGAACAUAUUCUGGUUCUGCUCUACCAAAACAAUAAGACUCUAUCAGAUUCCGCACAUGAGCGAUACAGAGACAGAGUUGAGUUCUUCACUCCUGAAAUCCCCAAAGGAAACUUCUCUCUUAGACUGAAGAGUGUCAGAACUGAGGAUAAAGGAGUUUACAUGUGUCAAGUGUUUGCUGGAGGACUUUCAAUUAACACAACUGUGGUACUGGAGCGACUGGGUUUCUCUGUUUCACACAUAAUGGUGUUGAUUCUCUGUAUUUCUGCAUCUGGAUCUACACUUCUGCUCUGCUGGCUAAUCUACUGUAGGUCACCUAAUAAAGGUUUCACUACAAAACAUUCUUGUAACAUGUUUGUUCCAUUGGGAGGUUCAGUAGUUCUUCCUUGUCAUGUUGAGGAAUAUUUAUUAAACCAAAAUUUGAUGGUGGAAUGGAGAAGAGUGGACAAAGUGACUCUGGUUCAUCUGUAUCAAGAUUGUAAGAGUGGAGGAGAAAAACAGCAGCAGGAUUAUCAUGAUAGAGCAAAUUUUUUUACGGAUCCGAUUCAGCAUGGAAACUUCUCCCUCUGUCUGGACAAUCUGAGAGCUGAAGAUGAGGGACGAUACACAAGCACAGUUUACAGUGACCAGGACUGUGUAUAUUCAUCUGAGACAAAUUUGGUUCUGAGGUGUAGUGUUGGAGAAUUUGAUCCCCUGGUUGUCUGUCUGGGAUCUUCAGUGGUUCUACCUUGUUAUGGUGAUAAACGCUUAUUAAAAAAAGGUCUGAAGGUGGAAUGGAGAAGAGCAGACUCAGGGAGUCUGGUUCAUCUGUAUCAAGAUGGUGGGAGUCGACUAGAGGAACAGCACAACGAUUAUCUUGAUAGAGCUCAUUUCUUUACUGACCACAUUCGAUAUGGCAACUUCUCCCUCCGUCUGGACAAUCUGAGAGCUGAAGAUGCUGGUGAAUACAUAUGUAAAAUUUACAGUGACCAGGACUGUGUGUAUUCAGAAAUCACAAAAGUGGUACUAGGCUUCGUUCUUGAGCAUUCAAGCCAGACACUUGUUCCUUUGGGAUCUUCAGUGGUUUUGCCCUGUUAUGAUGACAAACACCUAAAAGAGAAAUGUCUGAAGGUGGAAUGGAGAAGAGCAGACUCAGAGACUCUGGUUCAUCUGUAUCAAGAUGGUGAGAGUCGAGCAGAGGCUCAGCAGCAGGAUUAUCGUGAUAGAGCUCAUUUCUUUACUAAUGAGAGUAAAAAUGGAAACUUCUCCCUCCGUUUGGACAAUAUGAGAGCUGAAGAUGAGGGACAAUACACAUGUACAAUAUACAGUCAGGAGAACUCUGUGUUUUCAGCCAAGACACAUUUGGUCCUGAGAUUACUAGAUCUAGUGUUUAAUCUUCAGAUGUUUCUCGUCUUCUGUCCAAAUAUUAUGAUGUUUCUUGCUUUUGUACUUUGGGGUGUUUCUGAAGGAUCUCUGAAUGAGACAGUUUUCUGUUGUGUUCAUUAUCUUCUGAGGCCUCUCAUGUUGCUCUGGGCAGCUCCAUAUGCUCAUGAGUUUACAGGCAGCAUUAGAUCAGUGAUUCUGUAUUACAGUUAUAGAACACAAUAUAUUGUUUUCUCAGCUGUUUUUUAUUUAGUUCUUUUUAAAUAUGUUUGGCACAAAGGUUUAAAUUACACAGGAUUGGAUGGUUUCAUGAUAACAGUCCUUUUCUUAAUAGUGCUCCUGUUAUACCUCUACUAUACUGUUUUCAUUUUUGCUAAAUUAAUUGGGAAAUUAAAUGAACGAGCGUUUGUCAUAUUCAGUGCUCUGGCUGGAAUAAGUUUCAAUGUUCUCCCUUCAUUUCAAUUCAUCCUUCUCUACUAUACCUUUGGAUCAACCAGAGGAGUAUUCUUUAUUGUUGCAGUUUUGCCAAUGUUUCUCGCCGUCACAAAUUACAGUUGGGAUUUUACGUGCGGUAAACACAUGCUCUGUUCACCUUUGCUCACGAGAUCAGUCUGGCUUGUUUUCAUGUUAUGUGUCAAUGCCGUAAUGGUUUAUUUCUACAUCAUAGCUCUGGAAACUGAAAAGGAUCGUAUCGGAUGGGCCAGUAUGACCGCAUUUCUACAAGUCCUGUGGGCAGUGUUAAACUUCACAUGGUCAUUUGAAUGGGAUAUUUACCGUGUUGUUCCUGUGUAUGUGUUUGGAUCAGUUGGUGUUGUUUUACUAAAUGCUGUGGCACUGAUGACUGAACUGAUACUGAAAACAGUUAAUGGUUAUCGUACAGUUGAAGAUCUGAGAAUCAUCGUCUUUUCCUCUGAAUUCUUCUUCCCUUUAUUUCUGCUGAUUUUACUGGUGUUUGAACCCUGGAUCAAAACAUGUCUGCCAUCAUGUGAGAAGGCAGCACAAUCUUAUCUAACUCCAGCCUCACAUUCACUCAAGAAACAGACUUCUCAGAAUGCAGCAGAAUCUGAUGAAACUCCAGCCAGUGAAUCAAAGCAGAAGCAGGACACAGCAGAAUCACAUGAAAUGAAACCUUUUCUCAAUCAACAAAAUCAGGAUGCUGGUAGGAGUCAAACUCAGCCUGAUUCAGUGGAAACACAAUCAUAAUCAACAACAAGAGAAAAAGACACUCAUCAUUGUUCAGACAGACUUCAGUGUUAUGCUUCUUCUGUAGCUAAUUCUGUUUUUUUUUUUUUUUUUUUUUUUUUUUUUUUUUUUUUUUUUUUUUUGUUUUGUUUCAGUGUUUUUAAAAAUCACUGCAAGUACAAUAAGGUCACACACUUGAUUAAUUAGUUGGACUGCCUUUAGCUUUGUUUGCAGUGUGCAUUUGUCCUGGCAAUUUUUUGUUGACCUUUGACCUCUGUUGAAUGUUUAUUUCUAUCAAGAGUUACAUUCAUCUUUGACAAGAUCUCUGUAUUACUCUGUAAAGGCUACUU